AGUAGGGGGCUGUGAUGUUUGACUCGCGAAAACGUCGAAGAAGAAGAAGAAGAACGUCACAGAUUCAACAUGGCGCGGGAAACCCGGGAAGAGGAGGAGAUGGAUGUCGUUAGAGAAGUCGAAGAAGAAGCGGACCAGCUCCCUCCGUCGUCCUUAAAACUCUACGAGACGCAGUUUUUCGGCUUCACCCCUCAGACCUGCAUGCUGCGGGUCUACAGCGCCUUCCAGGACUGUCUGUACGACAUCCUGCCCGUCGUGGAGAAGGUCUGCGUGCGGCAGCUGAGUAAAGGCGAGGCGGACGAGGAGCUGCUCCAGUCCCGGGCCAGAGAGUGCAGCCGCAAACUGCAGCAGUUCCUGGAGAAGCGCUUCAAGCUGCUGUCGGAGCGGAUAGAGGCGCUGCUGGUGAACCGUUGCCUCACUGUGCCGCCAAACGUCCUGCUGCCCGAGGACCAGUCACACUGCAACAACCCACAGGCCGAACAGGAGGUGCUGAGCCUUGAGUCGUCUCUGGCAGAUCUCCAGAGAGCCUACGAAGCAGAAGUUUGUGCCCGACAGGCCCUGCUAGCUGAGCUGGAGGAGCAGAAGGAGGUGCAGAAGCAGCUGGACGGGAUCCUGUCGUGGAUCAGAGAGCUCCAGGCAGCCUGGGUGAAAGAAGGCAACGGCAACUUCCAUGAAAGCUUCAGACUGGUGAUGGAGUCCAUCACGAAACUGCAGGAGGCCAUGAGGGAGGUCCUGGUCUGCAGCAGAACACCUCACUGAACUCAGCUAAGCACACAUUCCUCCAGACUGUUUCUAAUCUCCUCUGUGUUUACUCUGUCUGGAAGAGACGAGAGAAUGUAGAAAACAGACUUGGCCAACAUAUUUUCACCCGCUGAAUGAUCAGCAGUGUUCAAACCCGCCUUUUCUUCUUAUCUGGAAAUGAUAAAUCGCCAGUCAGCUGAUGCCUCAAGGUCAAACGAAGGACGUCUUAGAUAUUUAACUAAGCGAACAAAGGGGUCAUGUGAGGUGGGGUGCAAAUUUUUGGCUGCUACUGGUCAUGAAUACAGCAAUAUUGUUCAUUUCCUGUGGGAAAAAAAAGAGUAAAACUAAUGUAGGAACAUGCAGUUUGAUGGAUUUUUAGAUAUUGUAUUAAGUUUCCGAAACAGACGUAUUUCCCCUUGGAAAAAAGCAGCAGCUACAUCAGUCAUUAUAAGCAGGUUUACCUUUCCAUUAAUUUGACUUUGCCAGAUGUAGGAUCAUUUCGGUCAGCUUUUCCCUUCCUUGUGCUCUCUGUCUGGAGACAACCACAACCUCCUAGCAGCAACCUGCCACACCGGAAGUUUCAAAUGUUGUAGAGGAUUUGAUCGUGCAGUAAAGCUGCCCUGCUAGAGUAUUAAAGUUGCAUCUUAGGACUGUGAUUGGUUCAAAGAAAUACAAACAAGCCAGAGUGCUUUUUAUCCCCCUAUAGCAGAAUGAUAAUGAAGCACUGCCAGGCGACUUGACCAGACCAUUUUGUUGAAUGGUCGCUGCCUUUCCACAGAUGUGUGAUGUAAAACGCAAAGCGAACUGAGGUAAUUCUGAGUCAAUUAAAUUGAUUUAUUUCUCA